AUGAAGGAUAGUGACGAUUUGUCCGCAGGGGUCUUGCACGCUGGACAUACUUCAGAAACAGAAUUUGGUGAGCCUUCACUCUUUGGUGUUGUUGAAGAAAUCAGGAAGUCGCACAUUAACAAGUCGAACUCCAUAAGAACGUAUAAGUGUAUUGAGCGACUUGCUGAUGUUGAAAUUUUCACCAUGGUUUUGUUCCCAACAGUCACUAUUUUUUCCUUCAUCUACAAAGUCAAAAAGAAACCUUGUCCCUGGAAUUGCCAGACGUUUGCUAAAAUGUUUAAACUUCUAGUUAUAGUAUUUACAAUCACCAUAAACCAAGUUUAUGGGGAAAACAUAAUUAGUAAGUCAAAUGAAAUCAAACUAUGCCAUGAUUUACAAUGCAUAGACAGUGUCCCUUUUUUGUUUUUCUUGAAACUAAGCAGUGCAAUUACAGGAAACCCCUGCACCCUCAAGUCGUCUAACUUUUCAGGAGUAUGCAAACUAUUAAAGGAGUGUGAGGCGGUUCAAGACGAAGAAUCCAAUCCGUGGUUUGUUGUCCAAACGCUCGUCGUCCAGGAGAUAUCAGCGAAAGAAGGGUGUAAAAAAGCAGAUUUUGUGUACUUACAAAACAAACCAAAUUCAAAUUGCGUUUUAGAAUGUAGAGAAUAUUUUUCGUAUAUACAAGAGAAACAAUUGUGUGGACAUAAAAUUGUCCAGCUGAUUGUUGGAGGACAACGACCUGCUGAGCGAAAAGAGUUUCCGCAUAUGGCGGUGUUAGGAUAUCAGAACGAAGAUUCUCGGAAUCUUACGAGGUUAUGUGGAGGAUCACUUAUAAGUGAAGAAUAUAUUUUGACAGCUGCACAUUGUUUCCUUCCAGGUGGCUAUCUUGAACCAAAAUCAGUGUUGUUGGGGGUCACAGAUGUUAACGACGCUAUCCACACCCAAGAAACAAAAAUAGCAAAUGUAGUGGUACAUCCAGAAUUUAAAUUUACUACCGGUCACAACGACAUAGCACUUUUAAAACUGGAAAAACCCGUAGAGUUAAAUUCUUACGUUCGCCCGGCUUGUCUCAACACACACUUUGACAUUCCUGUUUCGCGAAUUAUUGCUACUGGAUGGGCAUAUACACGGUAUGGAGGAAGCGAAAGUGAGAGUGUGUUUAAAAUAACACAAGAUAUUGUAGACCAUCACACUUGUAAUAACAGGUUCAAAAGCGUGAGAAGGCUAAUUGUAAAUGACACGCAAAUUUGCACAAGCGACAAGAUUGGAGGAAAGGCUUGUCAGACUAAUUCUGGUGGUCCGCUGCAAAUAUAUCGGAUUGACGACGCUACCUCUUGUAUGUAUGAUAUAGUUGGCUUAACUUCGUUUGGAGUGGAGUGUUCCGGUGGUCCCACUGUAAACACUCGAGUUUCGCAGUACAUUAAGUGGAUUGAAGACACAGUUUGGCCAGAAAAUGCGUAAUCAAAUUAGUGAUUUUGACUUGUCGCUUGUCUAACAAGAAACGACAGGCAAAUAAUAAUUGUCUGUAACAC